AUGUUUUUCACACAGUUAUUGCAGCUUCUGGAUGAUUUAGUGCUAUGCGACAACCAGCCUUGUGUAGAGGCGCAGUCAAUACCACUGCAGUGUCGUGUGUGUUUUAGCACCAAUUUCGAGGAUCGUAAUGCGUAUGUGACUGGCGUAUCAAAGUAUAUCGAAGAAGCUACCCGGCACGCCGAAUUUAAUGAUUUGCUGGCUGAAGGAUUUCAACAUGCUGCCCAUUUGUAUACUUGGCGAUGCUGUUCUAGAGCAGUUCCAAUGGCAAAAUCGAACGAUCAACCGAAUCGUGUUGAAAUCAACGAGAAGGUUGUGGAAGUGCUGAAUCCAGAAGUGGAAAAAUUGCAUCGUUUCAUGCAUUUUACGAACCGCGCAAUCAGCCGUUUUUGUGAUGAGGUAAAACGAUUGUGUCAUCCAGAGAAACGGAAGGACUUUGUAUCGGAAGCGUAUUUGCUAACACUUGGUAAAACAUUGAAUAUGUUCGCAGUCUUGGAUGAACUGAAGAAUAUGAAGGCGUCGAUAAAGAAUGAUUUUUCAACCUUCCGCAGGUCAGCACAGUUUUUGCAAGUGAUGUCUGAUACGCAAACGAUUCACGAAAUGCAAAACCUAAGUAUGUUUUUGGCCACUCAGAACAAAAUUAAAGAUACACUCAAAUCUGAGCUGCAGACGAUCGAUGGGUAUGAAGAGCUCUUGGCUGAUGUGAUCAAUAUAUGCGCUCUGCUAUUUGAAAAUCAUAUGUAUAUUACACCCGCUGAAAGGCAUAUGUAUGUUAAGGUUUUGGCAUUUGGGUUAUUUCUGAUGGACGGUGAUUGUGCUAACGUUGCGAAAUUGGAUCAACGGAAGAGGAUAAGCAUUGCGAAAUUAGAUAAAAUAUUCCAGUCACUGGAAGUAGUCCCUCUGUUUGGUGAUAUGCAAAUUCAACCAUUUUCCUUCGUUAAACGAUCACCAUUCUUCGAUCCAUCGAAAUGGCCUGCCUCUAAUACUGAAGGUGAGAAGUGUCACGUGAACAUAGCAGAAAAGGUGCGAACAAUCAGGGAACAUCAUACCGAAUAUGUUGCAUAUCUAUCGCGUGUAAACAACGAGGUGGCAGUUCAUGAUAAAGAUGGACCACGUUCAGAUGCAGAGAAUCGCGAAAUGACACAAUUGGUAUUGAGCGGUAUUCAGCUGCUUUGUGGAUGGACAAGUGACGUUGUGGAAACGGUUUCUUGGAAAUUAUUGCACCCUACUGAUCAUCGUGUCAAUGAGGAAUGUCCAGAGAGUGCUGAGGAGUAUGAGCGUGCUACCAAAUACAACUACUCGUCAGCCGAGAAGGCUGCUCUCAUUGAGACGAUUUCAAUGAUAAAAGGUGUGCAGUUGAUGCUAACAAAAAUAGAAAGUGUAUUAAGCAUGGCCAUCCGAAAUCAUAUCCAUGCUGAGCUCCAGGAUUUUGUGCAACUGACGCUAAAAGAACCACUUCAUAAAGCUCUUAAGAACAAGAAAGAUGUUGUCUCAGGUAUAAUCCAGUCAAUUUGUGAUACUUGUGUCGAUAAUUGUGAUAAUCAGUUCGACUCGAGGUUAUCUGAUAUUGCAAAAUCGAAAAAGCAAAGACAUUCUACUAGCGGGUCUGUCGGUGAUAUACGCAUUUCACGUCGAUCUGCUGCUCCCAGCACCACACAGCUUUAUAUGGCCAGAACAAUGACUGAGUCGUUAAUUUCUGAAAGAAGUGGGGGUGGAAGGCGAGUGUUACGAAAGGAAAUUGAAGCGAAGCAUGUUGAGCGAAUGGCGAAUUUCUUACGUAUGAGUUAUCAUUGGCCUGCACUACUUUCCCUAUCCGAUAUGUCGAUUCCGUGGAUUCUUACCGAUUAUAUUCUCACCAGUCAAGAUGCGACACUUACUGAGUGUAUAUUUUAUCAGUUGGAUCUAUAUAAUGAUGCAGCCAAUUAUUCACUUAACAAAUUUCGCAAACAAUUUCUGUACGAUGAAGUGGAAGCCGAAGUGAAUUUAUGUUUCGAUCAGUUUGUUUUCAAACUGAGUGAUUCAAUAUUCACUUACCACAAGCAACUUGCUUCUUGCAUGUUGUUGGAUAAGCGUUUCAAAACAAACUGUCAGUCAAUGGGUAUAUCGAUAAGGUUACCAUUAUGUGCGCGUUAUGAAAGUCUUAUACAACAACGACACGUUCAGCUACUUGGCCGUUCAAUUGAUCUGAAUCGUCUCGUUAGUCAGCGAAUUAAUAUUGCCAUUCUUCGCUCAUUAGAUGUUGCAAUUUCGAAGUUCGAAGCUGAUGAUCUUGCCUCUAUCGUUGAAUUGGUUGGUCUGCUGGAUGCGAAUCGUUUGUGUCAUCGUUUAUUGCGUGAACAUCUGCAUUCCAUAUCUGAUUUUCUGGACCUCUUUCUCGAAGCCAAUCAUAACGUAUCUGCACCUUACGGCCGUAUAACGUUACAUGUUUUUUGGGAACUCAAUUACGACCUCAUUCCUAAUUAUUGCUAUAAUGGAUCCACUCAUCGGUUUGUGAAGUCAAAACAUCCAAUGCGCAAGCCGGCUGAACGUGAUAAACCUCCUUCUGCAUCAAUCCAAUACGUUUGGGGCUCGAAAUCACUGAAUGCGGCAUUUAGUAAUCUUCAUUCGAUGUAUGGUGGUUUCAUCGGAAUGCCACAUUUAAAAGCCAUAACGCGUCUUCUUGGUUAUCAAGGAAUUGCUGUUAUUCUGGAAGAACUCAUAAAAAUAGCACGGAAUCUGAUUAAUGGCCCAAUACGAAGACAUGUUGGAUCAAUCUUCAAUUUAAUGCCAAAAGUUUGCAAAUUGCCUCGAUUCGAUUAUGGUUCUCCAGCCGUAUUGGAAUAUUAUGUCGCACAUUUAGGCAAUGUUGGUCGUUAUAAGGAACUGAAACGUGAGAUGAGUCAGGUGCUACGUGAAUUAGGGAAUAUUAUCGUGUUUUGUAUGCAAUUGGAAUUGGCUUUGGGACAAGAAGAAGUGUUAGAUUUGUUGACGGCGGCACCAUUCACCAAUACCAUUCCACGACCACCGGCUAAAAAAGUCGAUGAGCAAGAAGUAAAAAUGAAAAAACUGGAGCAAAAGUAUGCACGAAUUCAAAUUGCUUCUGUAGUGGAACAACUUGGUGAUGUGCAGGUGAUGUGGAUGGACGAAUGUGUUGAAUUUCAUCGUGCUUGGUCGGCGUUGCAGUUCUUCUUCUGUCAGCCACCCCUUUCGAGCGCAGAGGGCAUUGAACAAGCCACCGAACCGCUCGUUGAAGCAGUAUUCGGUGACGGUUUACAUUGGGCUGGUGCAACAAUUAUUGUCUUAUUGGGUCAGCAGCGUCGUUUUGAAGUGCUCGAUUUUUGUUAUCACUUAUUGCGUAUGCAUCGUGCUGACGGUAAAGACGACCUUGUCCAUGGCAUUGUUUUUUAUGCUAGCAGCUUAUCAGCUGUAUUGCAGAAAGUAUCGAAAAUGGUUGAGCGGAUCAGACGUUUUCAGUUGCUUAACAGUCAAAUUUUUGGUGUGUUAGCCAACUAUUCAAAUUUAACAUCUGAGAACGGCGACGAGUCAGUGGAAGAAAAUGCGCGCGAGUUUGCGCCUCCAGUGCAUCAUUCAGUUGCAAGACAGUUUCCCUCUCAGGAUUGA